CAGGUAAAUGAACCUUCAUUUUGGUUCAUUUAGUUAGUCAUUUACUUACCUUUUUCGUCUUGUUUUUUGUUUCAUUUUCUUGUUUUAAUUAAUUUUUACCUGAGUUUUUGUUGAUUGUUCGUGUAACUGUGUAAAUAUUGAAGGUGUUUUUAUCUGUUCCACACGAUUAUUUGGAUUUACUAAGUUUUGUUACUUGAUUGUUCAGUUUUCCUGGUUGUCAUUUUGUUCUUUUUGGAGAAUUUUUCGUUUUUCGUUUUUCUUUUCUUUUCUUUGCUUUUUCUUUUUGUUUUGUUUUGUAAGAAAGAGAGAAGAAGAAAAAGUGAUGAAGUGUUUUGGCGGCUCAGAGAAAAGGCGAACUUAUCAUUGUAAAAUUGUUCUUCUCGAUGAAACUGAAUUAAUUCAAGAAAUAUCCGAUUCCUCUAAAGGGCAAGAUUUAUUGGAAAUUGUCUUUAAACACUUAAAUCUUCUUGAAACAGUUUAUUUUGGCCUUCGUUUCAUUGGUACAAAUGGACAAGCCUGUUGGUUGGAUUCAACUAAAAAUAUAGUUAAACAAGUGAAAAAUAUUAAUCCGCUGACAUUUUAUUUCGGUGUUAAAUUUUAUGCUUCUGAUCCUUGUAAACUGCUUGAAGAAAUCACCAGGUAUCAAUUUUUUCUUCAAAUCAAACAAGACAUUGUGCAAUCUCGACUACCUGCUCCCAACGAUUUGCUGGUUCAAUUAUUUGCCUAUGCAGUUCAAUCUGAACUUGGCGAUUAUGAUCCACAUCGACAUCAACCUGGCUACGUUUCUGAAUUUAGAUUCAUUGCUAAUCAAACACCAGAAUUGGAGGAUCGAGUGAUCGCCUUACAUAAAACCCUAUCGGGCCAAGUUCCAGCCGCUGCUGAGAUUAAUUUUCUUGACAAAGUUAAAUGGCUCGAUUUGUAUGGAGCCGAUUUACAUCCAGUUUUGGGCGAAGAUAAUGUCGAAUAUUUUCUCGGGCUAACACCUAGUGGAGUUAUCGUUCUUCGAAAUAAAUCCAAAGUCGGAAAUUACUUUUGGCCAAGGAUUGUCAAAAUCUACAGAAAGGAUAAAUACUUCAUGCUUCAAGUUGUUGAAAAAAAUAAUGAAAACAAUACAUAUGGAUUCGAAUUACCAUCUAAACAAGCAUGUAAACACCUAUGGAAAUGUUGUACUGAGCAUCAAGAAUUUUUCAGAUUAACACAGAAUCGAGAUCGCCUUAAUCCAACCAAUAAUCGUUUCGCUGGAUUCACCUCACGAUUCAGAUAUUCUAGAAGAUCUUUUAACAAAGAUGAACUCAAUCGAAGUUUAAAUACUCGAGAUCGUCCAUCCCCUGUUAUUGUUAGAGUUCCUAGUCGAAGAUAUCAACGUCGUCAGCCUGAUGGUUCUACAGCUCAAGUCUACAAAGAAGAUUCUUUGACCGAUAAAAAUAUUCAAUUAGAUGGACAAUCAAAUAUCGUAGUUGCUUCAGGUAGACACAUCGCUCAACCUGUUAUUUACCGAUCAACAUCAGUUCCUGGUGCAUUGACGGUUAAUGAUUCACCGAAAAGUAUAAGAUCAGCUCCCUGGGAGAACCCAAAUCAAAAAGGCUUAUUCUCAAGUUGUGGUGAUGUUUCACCUCAUUCAACACGCAAUAGUGUGAUUCUUAACAAUCAUCGCACCUCUUCCGUGAUCAGCGGUCAAACAAACAAUAGUCAUCAUCAUCAUCAUCAUCAUCACCGAAGGAAUUCAUCUUCUUCCAUCAAUAGAGGCUAUUCUAGAAGUGGAAGAGCUUCAGACGCUGAAUCUGAAGUUUCUCGAUGUUCAAAAUCUUCAAGACAUUCCCAUCAUUCAAGUCGUAGUACCAAUUCUCAUCAUCAUCGAUGUAAAAGUCGAAAAAGUGGAGAUGAAAGUGGAAAUGAAUCUGAUUCAUCGAGACGAAGACACCGUCGUCGGCGAAAGUGUUGUAGUGAAGCAAAUUUCACUAUGGUCGAUUCAGAGCAACAAUGGAAAGAGAUUCAAAGACGUCAGAUGGAAGCACAAGAAUCUGGUUUACAGUCAAUUGGAAUCUCAAGAUCAACCAUGGCUCAAACAGCUCAGACAAGAGAUUACACCCAACGAAAUAAUCAAAUGGUUACCAAUUCCUAUCACAAUCAACUGGUUGGAAAUGAAAAUGAAAUGCAAUCAGAUGGAACAGUCAAUCGAAUGAGAAAGAAAAAAGAUUUGAUUCCUCAAGAAAUUAAGAAGCACAUCGAAUAUGAUUUAAUCAUUCCGACUGAAGAAGACAAACGCAACAUCAACUAUACAAGAGUCGAAACCGAUAAUUCAAGACUAUUUAAAAUUCGUUAUUCACCUAAUUCGGGUAGAGCAAAAUAUGACCUCGCUAAGACGCAUUUAAAACAAAACUCUGGAAGUUCAGAUGCCAAAUCAACUAAUGAUGAAAUCCAUGGAAAUACUAGUUACUCAAGUCAAGGGUCGUUUGUACCAAAUCAAUAUGGUGUCCCUCGAGGUGUCCUCAAGCCCAAUAAUAGUAUCAGUUCAUCAGGUUACGGUGAAUAUACAGCUGACAUGGUUAAUGGUCAAUACGAUGGUUAUUAUUUAAAUGGAAAAACCUACGAGGUCAACAUGUACAAUGGUCAACAUGCACCUAAUGUUAAUGGAUCGGCUGUAAAUGGUAAUUUAGCUCAAUAUAAUAAUCAAAUUUACCAACGCGUGAAUGGUGAAAAUAUAAAUAACAUUGGUCAAAUGAUGAAUCCAAAUAUUGAUUUGCAACAAUCAAGGAAUCAAGUUAUUCAACCUAUUAUGGACAAUGGACAAUAUAAUGGACAUCAAAAUAGUCACCAAAAUGUUCAAUACAAUGAUCGAGCCAGAACGAUUGUUAAUGACACUUAUCUAGAUCGUUAUAAUCUAAAUGAUGAAAUGAUUCAACAGCAUAAUUAUGAUUCUAAUGCUAUCUAUCAAUCUACAAACCGACAAUCUAAUCUGGAAUCUCAUUAUGAUCAACCUGUUUAUCAACAACCUCGCGUUACAUUUCAAAGUCCACCAAGUACAACAACUUAUUUUACAAGUCAGAUUAAUCCAUCAUCAAAGAUUACCAAUGGUUAUCCAUUGAAAAAUAAUCCAUUACAACUACACGAGAUGAGCACUGAACUCUAAUAUGAUCAACUAACAAUUUAAAUUAUUCACAAUCAAUUUAAAGUUGAAACAAAAAGCCAUGAAUGAAAUCAACUGUUCCUAUCAUAAUUUAAUUUGAUAUAAUGAAAUGUUUUCCUGUAAAAAUUGUAAAUAUGAUGCUAAAAGUAUCUCCUCAGACAAUCAGGUGAAAUCAAAUUAAUCACAAAACUUUAAUUCACCUAAUCAAGAGAGAUUAAUUUCUAAACCGAAUAUGGUAAUUCGAUAAAUGAUUUGAAAGAAUAAUCCUUGAACCAAUAUCAUCAAUAAUCAUUUCCGACCUUUUUUUCAAUUCAAUUAA